AUGGGCUCUCCUGUGCACAUGUCUACCCUUCCCUGCCUGAGUCUGAUCCUGCUUUUCUGGAGCCAAGGUCCAGGGGUCCAGGGCCAAGAAUUCCAAUUUGGGCCCUGCCAAGUAGAAGGGGUAGUUCUUCAGGAACUGUGGGAAGCCUUCCAGGCCAUGAAGGACAUUGUGCAAGCUCAGGAUAAUAUCACGAGUGUCCAGCUGCUGCGGAAGGAGGUUCUGCAGAAUGUCUCGGAGGCUGAAAGCUGCUACCUCAUCCAUGCCCUGCUGGAGUUCUACUUGAACACUGUCUUCAAAAACUACCGCGAUAAGGCAGUUGAAUUCAGGAUCCUGAAGUCAUUCUCUACUCUGGCCAACAACUUUAUUGUCAUCGUGUCCAAACUGCAACCCAGUCAGGAAAAGGAGAUGUUUUCCAUCCGUGAGAGUGCACGCAGGCGGUUUCUGCUGUUCCGGCGAGCAUUUAAACAGUUGGACAGAGAAGCAGCUGUGACCAAAGCCUUUGGAGAAGUGGACAUUCUCUUGACCUGGAUGGAGAACUUCUACCAGCUCUGAAGGCCUAGGCCAGGAUACCCUCCUCAUUCUCUGUGUCAUUUCAAACAAGCGUCCCUCCCCAUGAUGUUCUCUGGGUGCUUCACAUCCUUGACCAUGGGCGCCAUCCUCG